AUGGCCAGUACAGCCCUGAACUACGCGAUUCGUAUACUGAUCAUUGAUGAUGAUGAGGAUGAUUACCUCAUAACCAGCGAAUACAUAAAACAUAUUCCGGCCGCUACUUUCCAGAUCGACUGGUGUUAUAAGUAUGAUGAGGCACUGGAUCUGAUGUGUAGUAAUCAGUACGAUCUUUAUUUUACAGAUUAUCGCCUCGGAGCCAAAUCCGGGGCCGGUGCUCUGGCUGAAGAAUUGAAGAUCAAAGCCGCAUUUAUUUGCAGUGAUGUUUAUGAAGCAGAUAAGCGGAUACGCCAUCAGACCCGCAUUACCCGUAAGCAUAUUUCUAAAAAGCAACUGGAAGAAGCACCUGUUGUUUUUAUGGCUUAUGACCUGCUGGAAUAUCAUGGAAAUGAUAUGCGCCAGGUGCCGCUGUCUGUAAGACGGAAUUUGCUGGAAAAAAUAAUAGGCGAAGUGCAAAGCCCCCAACUCGUACUUUCUCCAUUGGUCACCUUUAAUGAAUGGCAGGAUCUGAACACCCUGAUGAAAAGUGCCCGGGAACGGGGAUGUGAAGGGUUUAUGCUAAAACGCAAAUAUUCUAUUUACCAGGCUGGCCGCCGGAGAGGAGAUUGGUGGAAAUGGAAAGUGGAUCCAAUGAGUAUAGAUGCCGUGAUGAUCUAUGCGCAGAAAGGACAUGGUAAGAGAGGUAACCUGUAUACCGAUUAUACAUUUGCCGUACGUGAUGGCGAACAGCUUGUCUCUUUUGCCAAAGCCUACUCGGGGCUUACAGAUAAGGAAAUUGCCCGGGUCGAUCAUUUUGUAAAACAUAAUAGCGUCGAGCAAUUCGGGCCCGUGCGUACCGUGGUGCCCAGGCUGGUAUUCGAAAUCGCGUUUGAGGGGAUCAGCGCAUCUGCCCGGCACAAGAGUGGAGUAGCGGUGCGCUUCCCACGGAUACUGCGUUGGCGGGAGGAUAAAACCGUUGAUGAUAUCAAUACCAUAGAAGACCUGAAACAAUUGCUGGAUCAGUAUGGGAAAGGAGGUUAA